CGUCAACAAAAUGCUGUACAUCGAGGAGAAUGUGCCCCUGAAGGACCCUGGCGAUGCAGAGAGCGGCCCCUGUAAGCUCGAAACACCAGGACCGACCCAGGAGGACAAGAGCAACCUCGAGGACCAUCCUCCCCUUCUUUCUGUCACAGGUCUGAUAGAUACAGUUAAUGACGUUUCCAAGAUGAGCAACGAGACUGGGAUGAAUCGUGAUUUCCACAUGGAAGAGGUUUUACCUCAGAGCAGUCUGGAAGGCAAGGUCAAGGAGAAAAUGCACAAUGCCUUUUGGGAUCAUCUUAAAGAGCAGCUAUCAGCUACUCCCCCAGACUUCAGCUGUGCUCUUGAACUUCUAAAAGAAAUUAAAGAGAUCUUGCUGUCACUGCUGUUACCACGCCAGAACCGCCUAAGAAAUGAGAUCGAAGAAGCUCUGGACAUGGACCUCCUUAGGCAGGAAGCAGAACAUGGGGCCCUAAAUGUCCCGCAUCUCUCUAAGUACAUUCUCAACACCAUGACGUUGCUGUGUGCACCAGUUCGAGAUGAAGCAGUCCAGAAACUAGAGAACGUUACAGACUCUAUUUGGUUACUGAGAGGGAUCUUCCAGGUUCUGGGCCUGAUGAAAAUGGACAUGGUGAACUACACUAUCCAGAGCCUUCAACCCCACCUACAGGAACAUUCCAUCCAGCAUGAACGGGCUAAAUUCCAGGAACUUCUCAACAAGCAGCCUAGCCUCCUCGAUCACACCACCAAAUGGCUCACCCAAGCGGUAGCAGACCUCACCAUGCUGCCUCCAACUUGCCCUGACACUCCUGACUCCUCCAGUGUGGCCUGCACCUCUCUCAAUGAGGCAGCCAACAACCCAGAGCCCCUCAGCCCCGCUAUGGUGCUGUCCCAGGGCUUCCUGAACCUUCUUCUCUGGGACCCUGAAAAUGAAGAGUUCCCUGAGACACUGCUGAUGGAUAGAACGCGGCUGCAGGAACUGGAGUCCCAGUUGCACCAGUUAACCAUCCUGGCCUCAGUUUUGCUAGUGGCCAGUAGUUUCUCUGGCAGUGUUCUGUUUGGCUCGCCUCAGUUUGUGGAUAAGCUGAAACGCAUAACCAAAGCCCUCAUGGAGGAGUUUAAUUCCAGGUCUGAGGAGGCUAUGCUGAUGACUGUGAGUGAACAGGUAUCUCAGGAAAUCCAUCAAAGCCUCAAGAACAUGGGCCUUGUUUCUCUGAGCAGUGACAACACAGCAUCUUUGAUAGGACAGCUCCAAAACAUUGCCAAGAAGGAGAACUGUGUCCGCAGUGUCAUUGAUCAGCGGAUCCAUUUGUUUCUCAAAUGCUGUUUGGUUCUUGGAGUGCAGCGAUCUCUGUUAGAUCUCCCUGGAGGCCUUACUCUCAUUGAGGCAGAACUGGCAGAACUGGGCCAAAAGUUUGUCAACCUAACGCACCACAAUCAGCAGGUAUUUGGCCCCUACUACACGGAGAUCCUAAGAACCCUCAUCCCCCAACGCCAGGCACCUGAAACAGAAGCACAGUCUCUUUGAUAGCACCAGCUGCAGGCCCUGGCACCUUGGACCCAGGAGAGAAGCCCAUCAUUUUCCUGGGGUGACAUCACCAGUGACCAACAAAGCAGCAAGCCUUCCUCCUCUCCUGCAGCCAACACCAGAGCUGUAGUGAUCACUCAUGUAACGCCGACUGGCCCAAACCCAUAUAAAUUUCACUAAUAAACUUGUGAACUGCAAG